UUUUAGCUCACAUGUCACAAAGUGACAGUGUGAGCUUUUGUGAUCGCGCAGCGUCCGUCGUCCGUCGUCCGUCCGUCCGUGCGUCCGUGCGUAAACUUUUGCUUGUGACCUCUCUAGAGGUCACAUUUUUCAUGGGAUCUUUAUGAAAGUUGGUCAGAAUGUUCAUCUUGAUGAUAUCUAGGUCAAGUUCGAAACUGGGUCACAUGCGGUCAAAAACUAGGUCAGUAGAUCUAAAAAUAGAAAAACCUUGUGACCGCUCUAGAGGCCAUAUUUUUCAAAAGAUCUUCAUGAAAAUUGGUCAGAAUGUUCAUCUUGAUGAUAUCUAGGUCAAGUUCGAAACUGGGUCACGUGGGGUCAAAAACUAGGUCAGUAGGUCUAAAAAUAGAAAAACCUUGUGACCGCUCUAGAGGCCAUAUUUUUCAAAAGAUCUUCAUGAAAAUUGGUCAGAAUGUUCAUCUUGAUGAUAUCUAGGUCAAGUUCGAAACUGGGUCACGUGCCUUCAAAAACUAGGUCAGUAGGUCAAAUAAUAGAAAAACCUUGUAACCUCUCUAGAGGCCAUAUUUUUCAUGGGAUCUGUAUGAAAGUUGGUCUGAAUGUUCAUCUUGAUGAUAUCUAGGUCAAGUUCGAAACUGGGUCACGUGCCGUCAAUAACUAGGUCAGUAGGUCAAAUAAUAAAAAAACCUUGUGACCUCUCUAGAAGCCAUAUUUUUCAUGGGAACUAUAUGAAGGUUGGUCUGAAUGUUCAUCUUGAUGAUAUCUAGGCCAAGUUCGAAACUGGGUCAACUGUGGUUAAAAACUAGGUCAGUAGGUCUAAAAAUAGAAAAAAACCCUUGUGACCUCUCUAGAGGCCAUAUUUUUCACAAGAUCUUCAUGAAAACUGGUCAGAAUGUUCACGUUGAUGAUAUCUAGUUCAAGUUUGAAACUGGGUCAUGUGCCUUCAAAAACUAGGUCAGUAGGUCAAAUAAUAGAAAAACCUUGUGACCUCUCUAGAGGCCAUAUUUUUCAUGGGAUCUGUAUGAAAGUUAGUCUGAAUGUUCAUCUUGAUGAUAUCUAGAAUAAUUUCGAAACUGGGUCAGCUGCGAUCAAAAACUUGGUCAUUAGGUCUAAAAAUAGAAAAAGCUUGUGACCUCUCUAGAGGCCAUACUUUUGAAUGGAUCUUCAUGAAAAUUGGUCAGAAUGUUCAUCUUGAUGAUAUCUAGGUCAAAUUUGAAACUGGGUCACGUGCCGUCAAUAACUAGGUCAGUAGGUCAAAUAAUGAAAAAGCCUUGUGACCUCUCUAGAGGCCAUAUUUUUCAUGGGAUCUGUAUGAAAGUUGGUCUGAAUGUUCAUCUUGAUGAUAUCUAGGUCAGGUUCAAAACUGGGUCACAUGAGCUCAAAAACUAGGUCACUAUGUCAAAUAAUAGAAAAAAAAUGACGUCAUACUCAGUUCAAAACUGGGUCAUGUUGGGACAGGUGAGCGAUUCAGGACCAUCAUGGUCCUCUUGUUUACUUAAAGGUAACAUUUCAGGCAAAAUAUCGAGCUCUUGCUCAAAAUUCUUUUCCUCAAUGUUUAAAUCUCUGUAUACGCUGGAAAUGACGUCUUAUUUGAAACUAUUUUCCGCUUCCUUGGCUUAGGCUGAUUCGGACAAAUUAUGGCUGAUUCGGACCACAUACUUCGAAUAAAAGUAGAUAAUGACCACAUAUUUUGGCUGAUUCAGCAAUGUUCAGGAAAUAAUUUAGAUUAAAGGGAUUUAAAUUGAAGUAAGGACAUAACAUAUACACCGUACAAUCAGGUACUCAAGUCAUAGUUUAAUAGAAUGGAUGCCAUUAAAAAAGAAAAUGAUGUGCUUCAUACAGAAAAGCCAGGAAGUUCAGAUCUAAAGAUCAAUAUCAAGAUAGAUCCGUACGAUGAUGUCAUUUAUAUGGGAAGGACAGUCGGUCCUCCUGUUGUGAACAUUGACAGCGAUGAAGAAGAUGAAUUAGUGUAUAUUUCUUCAAAUAGGGAUGAGGGUAUUAGAGCAAAGACAGAAACAUGUGCACAAAACAAUGUGAGUGAAAGUGAGGAAAGCUGUAAUGCCAUUCACUGCCUUGAAACUGCAAACAUUAAACAAGAGACCGGAGAAGAAAGUAAGAGAAGAAGACUAGAAACUGGACAAUGGAACAAGAAAAGGAGAAACAUUUCUACUAACACCUUGAUAAAAAACUCACAACCAGAAAAUAAUGAACAGUGCUAUACUGCUACAAAAGCAUGUGCAACCACUCAGGAAAGAACUAAUUAUAACAACAGUGCUUCAGACACGGGUCAAUUCAGACAUACAAUUCCAGUUCAAAGAGAAGGAACAGCAUUAGUACAACAGCCGUCUACAUCUACAACACCUAGAUAUAAACCAAACUGUAAAGAUCAUAUGAAAAGUAAAUUAGGACAUGUAUCCAUCAAUUCUCAGACUUACUUUCUGAAGUAUGCUGAAGAUUUUCUUACCAGAGACGAGUACAUGUUUGUGUAUAAAAGUCAGGAUGACACGGUGAAAGUCUUUGUUAAGUCUGACACAGAACAACUAUUUCUGAAAACCUUCUAUGAUCUUGUGACAUGCCAGCAUGCAAGUGAAGAAGACCACUGUCAAAUAUUGCCGAGCUUACAAAAAUUUAUACAACAAACAUUAAAACAAAGAAGAUUGAAUCAUGCUCCACCAAAAAGCAGAGGUACUUUAAUGAUUCCUGAAAAGAUGGUGAGUCAUGGACAUGGCUUUAUUAUCAUGGCUGUCUACAACAGUGAUGGCAGGAAAGUGUUAGUUACCUGUUCUUUUGAAAACUGUGCUGUAUUUAAAAUCUUUAACCAUUACAUGCCAGAAUUUUCCUCUCUCUUAAACAAUUAUGAAGAGGGUGAAAAUGUUGUUACUGAAUAUGAAAAUGAAUUCAACUUGUUGAAAGAAUCAUUUCUGCGCUGGAUGACUGGGAAGGCCUGUUAAAAGACGUGACAGCUUUAAACACUGUUAUUGAUCAUUACAGAGUUUAACUCACUACACGUUGAAGAUGUAGUCCAAUAAAAAAAAAAGUUGAAAUACCUCAAAGAAAAAUUAAUUCUCUAAGACAUCUUUAAGAACUGAUUCUAAGUUGAUUUCAAUUUAAUAUGGGACUGCUUUUCUGUUUGAUGAUUCUUUGUUCCACUUGCUAAAUGUAAGAAUAAGACACUUUAACCUUUAAUAUGAAAUUGUAUUUAUCAAUGUAGUGUUCAGAAGAACUUAACUAUCUUUUUGACAACAGCAUCAGUUGUCUCCCUUUCCUCUACAUUUUUAAUCUGAAAAAGAGGCUAUGAAAUAUAGACAUAAAGUUUUAAAAAAAGACAUAAUGACGAGAAAGCUAGAACAGUAAACUGAAAUAGCCACAAAUGUACAGCACAGUGUGAACAAGGAGAAAAUUACAGCAGCAAGGACUAUGCAUAUAUAGUCAUUGAGGAUGUAAGAUGAACUAUGUUUCAUUUGUUCAAAUGUAUAUUAUAAAUGUUUAUUUACAUGAAUCUUUGUAAUUAAACGAAAAUUUUGUAAAGGUUC